AUGCCGAACUAUCCUUUUUCUGGAAGUGGUCGUGACUUGUACAUGCGCGCGGAUUUUGGUGGCCCUAUCCCAGCCACUGGCAAGUCAACGUUCUCUGAACGGCCGCCUGUCUCACCAAUUAAUUCGAUCUGUAGCCGUACUGACACAAUGCCUCGAUACUACAACGAUGGCACGGGGCGCGAUAUUUACUUAUCUGGACACUUGUCAAAGAUACCUUCUACGGGUAAGGCGAACUUUUCAGAACGGCCACCUUCUAAGCAAGCCUCGAAGCGGCACGUUAGGACAGAUAUGCUUCCCCCCUUUACUCCGAGUGGCAGCGGACGCGACACCUUCCACCGUGUUGAAUAUCGUGACAAAGAAGAUGCAUGCCCAAACGAUGGAGCACAAACAUGGUCUCAACGUGUGUCGGAGUACUUUAACCCGAUGGUAAUGGAUGCAUUCUCGCUUAGGCCUCAACUGGUCUUGUGCUCGCCGGAAGCUUUCUCCGAACUUAAUGAAAAUUUGAGGCGACCAACAACAGCCUUGGGCUGCCUAUGUAAAGAAGCCAAGUCCCCUCCGUGUGUUAAUUACUCUAUGAAGAUCAUGGUGCAAGUGGAGGGGCCGUAG